AUUUCAUUUUAAGUGCACACUAAUUCAGGGAAUUCAGGAACAGAAAACAAACGGAUUGUCUUCAUCUUAAGUGCAAAAGGUGUAACCUAGUGCAACUCGGUGCACAACUGUAGAAAACAGUUGUAUGCUACAGAUGCUACAUCGUGCGCGUGUCGCUCGAUCAUUAACGAUUUAUAAUAUACAAACAGUUUUUAUGAUAACCGAAAACAGAUUUUUUGCAAAUUAUUCUUCGAAGAGCUGCGAAUACAUAUAUAAUGGCGCAAAUAGGAAACGUAACGGCAGAUCAACUAAUGGCUGGUAGCAGCGUGUUAUCGAGACCAGCCGAAGAAUUCGAAAACGACCCAUCUCUUGAAGCAAUGUGGGCAAUGAAGGCCAUGGAACAUGCAGAGGUGUAUUUUAAUAUUUUAUGCUCGGUUGACCCAAAGCUUUUAAAACUCACACCUCACGAUGAGCAGAUUUAUAAGACCUUCAAAGAUACUUUUCCCAAUAUGAAAGUGAACAAAGUGGACGAAGACGAGUUGAAAUCUCCAGAGGGGAAGAUAAAGUGGAGGUUUUUCUGCGAACAAUUUAAGGAUGUUGUGGAGGAUUACAGUUUUGGUACAUUAUUGAGAGCGGAUUGCACUGGAGAUUAUUCAGAGCAAAACAGCAUACUGACAACCAGGAUACAGUUUUAUGCUAUAGAGCUUGUGAGAAAUAGAGAAGGCUUUAACGAUGGCGUGCGAGAAAAAUACAAACCAAAAAGGACUGUGAAAAAGUAGAGAUAUUACAGCUAGUUUAUAUUAAUAUUAUUGAAAAUAGAUCUAUAACUUUUCUAUUAUUUUUUUAAAGAUACAAUUGAAUAAUGUAAAAGAGAUAAUGUUUGUAAGAUAUACAUCAUAAAAUAUAUGUGUAACGUAAAUAUGAAAUUUAAUUUUAAUAUAUUUACCAUGUUGAUGACAGAACAAAUUUAACAAUUUUUCUUAAAUUUAUGCAAUAUCGAACUGAUGAAAACACAUAAAAGGAGAAAUGCUAGUUAGAAAAAUAAUCGAUAUAAAAUGAAGAUACAAGAAUCGUUAUGGGAUAAAGAAUGUUUGAUUAUCGAUGAAGUUCGCAAUGGCUUUGGAGUAACAAAAAAUUUAAAAAGCGGAUAUAUUAAGACUGCAAGUUGUUCAGAGGGUUUAGUGAAAGAAUGCACGAGAGCGGCCAUUUCUAGAAUAUAUUGCUAUAUACACACUUUAAUAACCAAAAACAAACAUUACAGCAAUAAUAUUGUUAUUAAUAUAAUAUUAUAUGCAAUAAUAGAAUCGUUUAUCAAUCGUAGUGAAAACACCGAAAACCUUGCUUCUUCUUUUACUGGAAAGAACAAUGCGUACGAUUUGUCUCCCUUUUAUUAAUAAUAUUCGCAAUAUCAAUGGCGCCCGAUCGACCGCACCCGCGGAUCGUAGAUCUUUGAAAGGGAAAAAGAAAAUUGGUAUACGUUACCUCGUUUACCACACAAUAAGUAAUAUCCAGACGCGAAUGCGCGCUGUCUCGAGAGCGCGGUCGAUCCGCGAUUAAUCGUUAUCGUAGAAUAAUAAAUAUGACAGUGCGAUAUCUAAAAAAUCUGUCUUUUUUAUGCAACUUGCACAUUCAAAUACAAGUGUACUCGAACAAUGUACAUUGUUUUAUUGCCCUUGCGAACGUUAAGGGGAAUAGGAGCUGCCAAAUCGUCAUAUGGCGAGUAUGAUUUCUUGUUAGAAUAGGAUGAUAUGCCUUUUUCGAUCUUUGCAUUCUAGCGACGAGCGUGCAAAGAAGGAGACAAUUUUCGAAGAAAAACCAUUUUGUUUAUCUUCUUUUGUCCGGCAUGCAAUAUCGACAUUUGAAAUUGUUCCUCUUUUAAAUGUGUCAUCUAACGAUUUGGCGGUUACGGAUUCUCCUCGAGUCUCUAUACGAGCGGUACAUCUGCGACUUCUCUCCCAAUCUCGCUUUCGCUCAUUUUCUCUCUCUCUCUCUCUUUCUCCUUUCAAACUCUUGGUUUAUUUUUUCGCGUUCGCUCUGUAUCUCUGACCGCUAAAAAAUAUUUGAGCGUAUGAAAAUUACAAAAUAGAGCUUUGAAUCAAAUCUGCUUUAGAUAAGCAUCUUUCAUAUGAGCACAAUAAUAAUAAUAAUAAUAAAAUAAAAAAUCUAGAAUAUUUUAUAUGUGUCUGUGUGUGUGUGUAUGUGUGUGUCGAAGAUGUGAAAUAUUUUUACAUAAUGCAAGAGAUUUAUUAUCUCUUUCCAGAUAAGUUAAUUUAAAAGAUAUCACAUUUAUAUAUUUCUCUCUCCAUCCUUUCCCUUUCUCUCUCUCUCUCUCUCUCUCUCUCUCGCAUUCGGUUUAUUGUAUCUCUAUUGAAUGGCGCGACCAGAAAAUAGAGCUUGCCGAAUCUUACGUUUAUUUCUUAGCGGUCGACUUGAAUCACUUGUGUAUGAUGAAUAAAUUACAAGAAUUACGUAUAAAUAUCAUCGACCCUCAAACAAUGCGUCAGAAUCAGAAUUUUAAUGAUCAAGUUUCCACUCUGUUCAUUAAUUUCUUCCGUAUCGUUUGAGGGCGAUUGUUUCUAGGGUGCUUGAAAAGGAAGCGUAAAAUAAGACUAAAAAAGAAAAAAAAA